UGAAUGCAGCAGUCAGACUGCAGAGUGAGCAGACUUUGAUAUUGUCGACAUGGUCUAAUGUUCUCCAAACCUUCAGCAGGAAGCCCCGAUGACGGCAGUGGACCUUUUCAACACUCUGGAGGAUUUAAGAGAAGAUGAAUUUAAGCAAUUCAAAUGGUAUCUGCAGCAGCAAGACAUCCUGGAAGGUUACCAAAGCAUCAAAUUGUCUAAGCUGGAGAACGCAGAAAGGCAGGACACAGUGGAUGUGAUGGUUAAAACCUUUCAUCUUCAUGGAGCUCUGAAGUUGACCAAGAAGGUUUUAGAGAAGAUCAACAGGAAUGAUCUGGUGCAGAGUCUGCCAGACCCCAGCUCAGGACCAGAAGUUUCAGUGGACAUAAAAGAUGUUGGAGACACUUCAGAGAACAGAAAAACGUCUUCCUCUCAGAGCGAAGGUACAGCUGCUGUAUUCUCUGAUGAGAUUGUUCCAGUACCAGAGCCACAACACAUCUCAUAUUACAAAGAUUUGCUUCAAUCACACAACCAGGAUACAUUCAUGUGUGCACAAGAGGGGUGGGCACAGAAGAAGGAUGAGCAAUGUCUGGAUGAUAUCUUCACAAAUGUAUACAUCGCAGCUGGAGGUGACGUACACAUUAACACACAGCAUGAGGUCUGGCAGAUUAAGGCAGUGAAGCCAGUAGGAACAGAGAAACCAAUUAAAGCUUGUGACAUGUUCAAACCCCCCUCUGGAAGAUAUAAACCCAUAAGAACAGUGCUGACCAAUGGAAUCGCAGGAAUUGGCAAAACAUUUCUUGUGCGCAAGUUUGUGUUAGACUGGGCUGAAGGAAGAGCCAAUCAAGAUGUGCAUCUCAUUUUCCCCUUCACCUUCCGCCAGCUGAAUUUAAAAAAGGGGGAAAAGUUGUGUUUGACAGAGCUUAUUCAUGAAUGUAUUGCGGAGACCAGAGACAUCAAGGAAGAAGCUCUCUAUCACAUCUUUACAGAGCUGCAGUCAUCGGGAAACACCAACUAUGACAAGAGUAAAUUCAAACUUCUGUUUAUUUUGGAUGGACUGGAUGAGAGUCGCCUUGAUCUGAACUGCUCUACCAAAAACCAGACAAGUAAAUUUGAUGUGACAAUGCCGACCUCAGUGGAUGUCCUGCUGACGAACCUCAUCAAGAAGAAACUGCUUCCCUCUGCUCGCCUCUGGAUAACCACACGACCAGCAGCAGCCAAUCAGAUCCAUUCUGAUUUUGUUGACAUCAUGACAGAGGUAAGAGGGUUCACUGACCCACAGAAGGAAGAGUACUUUAAGAAGAGAUUCAGAGAUGAAGAGCAGGCCGAAAGAAUCAUAUCCCACAUCAAAACAUCACGAAGCCUCCACAUCAUGUGCCACAUCCCAGUCUUCUGCUGGAUCACUGCUACAGUUCUGGAGGAGGUGAUGCAAACCAGAGAGGGAGGGGUGCUGCCCAAGACCCUGACUGAGAUGUACGCAGAAUUCCUGGUGUUUCAGAUUCAUCAGACAAAAAAGAAGUAUGACCAAAAAAAGUGCAUUGAGUACAUCAAGUCAUUAGCAAAACUGGCUUACCAUCAGUUGGAAAAGGGAAAUCUGAUCUUCUACGAGAAAGAUCUCAAAGAGAGUGGCAUUGACGUCACUGGAGCGUCUGUGUGCUCAGGAGUGUUCACAGAAAUCUUCAAAGAGGAGCGUGGGAGGAAGAAUGAGGAAGACAAGAUGUUUUGCUUCGUCCAUCUGACUGUCCAGGAGUUUCUGGCUGCUCUUCAUGUAGAGAGGGCAGUCAUUAACAGAAACAAGAAUGUGAUGUCUGAGCCAGGGCAAACAACUGGCGAUCAUAUGCGAAUGGUUUUCUGCAGAACAUCUAUGACAGAUGUCCACAGGUUUGCUAUUGACAAGGCCUUACAGAGCCCAAAUGGACACCUGGACCUGUUCCUUCGCUUCCUCCUGGGUCUUUCCCUGGAGACCAAUCAGAAAUACCUACGAGACCUACUGAAAAAGAAAAGAAGCUCAGAGACCAAUCAGGAUACAGUCGAGUACAUCAAGACGAAGAUCAGUGAAAAUCUGUCUCCAGAGAGAAGCAUCAAUUUGUUCCACUGUCUGAAUGAACUGAAUGAUCGUUCUCUAGUGGAGGAAAUCCAACAGUACCUGAAUUCAGGAAGUCUCUCCACAGAUAAACUGUCUCCUGCUCAGUGGUCAGCUCUGGUCUUCAUCUUACUGUCAUCAGAAAACAACCUGGACGUGUUUGACCUGAAAAAAUACUCUGCUUCAGAGGAGGCUCUUCUGAGGCUGCUUCCAGUGGUCAAAGCCUCCAACAAAGCUCUGCUGAGUGGUUGUAAGCUGUCAGAGAGAAGCUGUGAAGCUCUGUCCUCAGUUCUCAGCUCCCAGUCUUCUAGUCUGAGAGACCUGGACCUGAGCAACAACAACCUGAAAGAUUCAGGAAUGAAGCAACUGUCUACUGGACUGCAGACUCCACACUGUACAUUGGAAACUCUCAGGUUGAGUCAAACCAGGCUCACAAAGAAAUGCUGUCAGGAUCUCUCAUCAGUUCUCAGCUCCCAGACAUCUUGUCUGAAAGAGCUGGACCUGAGUAACAACAACCUGCAGGACUCAGGAGUGGAAUUAAUCUUUGCUGGACUGGAGAGCCUACACUGUACACUGGAGACUCUCAGGCUGAGUGGCUGUAAUCUGUCAGAGAGAAGCUGUGAAGAUCUGUCAUCAGUUCUCAGCUCCAAGUCCUCUAGUCUGAGAGAGCUGGACCUGAGUAACAACGACCUGCAGGACUCAGGAGUAAAGCUUCUCUCUGCUGGACUGGAGAGUCAACAAUGUAUGCUGGAAACUCUCAGGUUGAGUCAAACCAGGCUCACAAAGAAAUGCUGUCAGGAUCUCUCAUCAGUUCUCAGCUCCGAGUCCUCUAGUCUGAGAGAGCUGGACCUGAGUAACAACGAUCUGCAGGAUUCAGGAGUAACACUGCUUUCUGCUGGAUUGGAGAGUGAACAAUGUACAUUGGAGACUCUUAGAUUGUCUGGCUGUCUGAUCACAGAGGAAGGCUGUACUUCUCUAGCCUCAGCUCUGAGCUCCAACCCCUCCCAUCUGAGGGAGCUGGACCUGCGCUACAAUCAUCCAGGAAACUCAGGAGUGAAGCUGCUAUCAGCUGGACUGGAGGAUCCACACUGGAGACUGGACACUCUCAGGCUGGAACAUGAUGGAGAGCAGAGGCUGAAACCUGGUCUGAGGAAGUAUGCCUGUGAACUCACACUGGACAUAAACACUGUAAACACACAGCUCCAACUCUUUGACAACAACAGGAAGGUGACAGCAGGGACAGAGGAGCAGCCAUAUUCUGAUCAUCCACAGAGGUUUGACUACUGGCCUCAGCUGCUGUGUAGAGAUGGUCUGAGUGGCCGCUGUUACUGGGAGGUUGAGUGGAAAGGAAGAGUUUUUGUAUCAGUGAGUUGCAGAGGAAUCAAAAGGAAAGGAAACAGAGCUCACUGCAGGUUUGGAGGGAACGAUCAGUCCUGGAGUCUAUUGUGCUCUGAUGUUGAAGGUUACUCUGUCUGGCACAACAGGAGAAGCACUCCCAUCACCUCGUCCUCGACUGUCUCUAACAGAGUAGGAGUGUAUGUGGACUGUCCUGCUGGCACUCUGUCCUUCUACACAGUCUUCUCUGACUCACUGAUCCACCUCUACACCUUCAACACCACAUUCACUCAACCCUAUCCUGGCUUUGGCUUUGGGCUUGGGUUAUUGUCAUACAGUCCCUCAGUGUCUCUGUGUUCACUGUAAGAGUGAGAGUCUAAUCCUGUGUAAGUCUACUGUAUAUCCUCGAGGUUCUGGUGCCGCAAUAUAUUCCGCAGGAUGCAUGUCUUGGAACCCUAAUAAACAAUGUUAUUUAACCCCUUAGCAUUCCGA